UUGGUUUGGCUUUUCUGUUUUCAGGAGAAUAGGUUUGAUACCGUUUUUGUUCCGUCUGCGUUUGUUCCACCGAAGUUAUCGUCGAAGCCGUUGUUCUUUGAUUACUUCCCAACGACAGAUGAGAUAGGCAAACGAUGGAUCCCCAGUACUGCGAAAAAGGAAGGUGUCGAUUCGGAAAUAGCUAAAUACAAUGGUAAAUGGGAAAUAGGCCCAUCUUCCGAGGUUUCUAUUGAAGGCGAUUACGGAUUGAUUGUCCGCACUAAAGCACGACAUCAUGCAAUCGCUGCAAAAUUGGACGAGCCUUUCAGUUUCGCUGAUAAACCAUUGGUUGUUCAAUAUGAGGUUCGUUAUGAAGAAGGCCAAGAGUGUGGUGGAGGAUACCUGAAACUGCUCAGCGUAGGUGCCGAAAAGAAUCUCGCUGCAGUACAGGUAAGACAAAACUCCGUACACUAUUAUGUUCGCUGCACUGCCUGUAUUCAGGAAUAUCAUGCCAAACAACCGUCUAACAUCGGUUCUACCUAUUGGGAUGAUCACCAAACACAUCUCUAUACCUUGGUUGUUAAACCAGAUGGAAAAUUCUCGGUUUCAGUCGAUCAGAAAGAAAUCAUGUCAGGAAACAUGCUGAACGACCUUCAACCAUCGUUGCAACCUCCAAAGCAAAUCGCUGACCCUACCGAUAAAAAACCAGCUGAUUGGGAUGACAGGGCGGAAAUCGAAGAUGAAAGCGCUGUCAAGCCAGAUGAUUGGGAUGAGAGCCAGCCUAGCGAAGUCGUCGAUGAAAACGCCGUAAAGCCUUCAGAUUGGCUCGAGAAUGAAGUGUGUUGCUCAACUAAUGUUCUUUCUUUUCGAUAUCCUUUUGUAGGCAAGUGGGUGCGUCCGAAAAUCGCUAAUCCUGCCUAUCGCGGAGUUUGGGCUCCUCGUCAAAUAGAAAAUCCUCAUUUUUUCGAGCCGAAGCCAUUCGACGGUCUUGCAACAAUCACGGCUAUAGGCAUUGAAUUAUGGACAAUGAGUCAAAAUAUCAUCUUCGACAAUAUCUUGGUGUGCGAAUCGGAAGAUCUGGCAGCCGAGAUCGCUAAGCAGACCUACACUGUGAGACGUGCAGAAGAUGCACGAUUAGCUUCGAGUCAAGGCAAAGGAGCUGGGAUAGUACAGGGUAUUGUAGAUGCAGCAAAUGAGCGUCCCUGGUUGUGGGUAGUCUACGUGCUUUGCAUCCUUAUUCCGAUCAUCCUCAUUGGUGUUUGCUGCUUCGGUCGCAAGUCUAAUGCUGAUUAUGCCGCUGAAAGAAAGAAGACGGACGCUCCUGAGAUUGAUGACGAGGUGCCCAAUUUGGUUGACGAUGAAGAAGAUGAAAAGGAUCUGGAAGAAGCCGAGAUGGAAGAGGUAAGAAUUGCUCCUCAAUCUUAA